AUGAAGUUUCACAUCCCUCUCCUCGUAGCAUCGCUCACUGCAGUCGUUACCUGCGGUCCAGUUGGCGGAUCAGAAACAAAUAGCGGGCAAGUCGUGCUCCCUUUAAGACCCAACUUUGUACUCAUCCAAGUUACAGAGCGUGAAAAUGAGGAUGUAACCUGGGGGCCACCAGUUUUCCCGGACAGGAAACGUGACAAUGAGGAUUCAUCCUAUGAGAACUACGGCUGGGCGUUCUCUGAUAAGAAAGUGAAAGAGCGUGACAAUGAGGAUUCAUCCUAUGAGAACUACGGCUGGGCGUUCUCUGAUAAGAAAGUGAAAGAGCGUGACAAUGAGGAUUCAUCCUAUGAGAACUACGGCUGGUCGUUCUCUGACAAGAAAGUGAAAGAGCGUGACAAUGAGGAUUCAUCCUAUGAGAACUACGGCUGGUCGUUCUCUGACAAGAAGUGA